CCGGAUGAGACAAAUCUUGACCCGGAAGAUGUUAUUACGUUGUCCAGUUCUGUCAAUGUGACUUACCCACCGUACUACCUAGCAGCUUUGCUUGUAAAGCAUUCUUUAAAAUGUUCUUAACUACAGUUAAUUUGGCCAAGGCGAAGUCAAAGACACUGCUGGUGCAAAUGGUGAGUGCUGCUGGAACGGGUUACUGCUUCAACACCAAGAGGAAUCGUUUACGGGAAAAAUUAGUACUGCGCAAACACGAUCCAUUUGUGAACAAGCAUGUCCUCUUUAUUGAAAAGAAGAAGAUAAGGUCAAUUUAAUAGUGAUGCAUAUAACCAAGGACAAUUAAGAUGGCACUAUUUGAGCUGGCCGUGUGUUUGGCACUGUGUUUUCUAAAAAUGGAUCAAGCCAACCGUCAUCCCUGAGCUGCGGGGAUCAGUACAAAGAAGAAAAGUGACUUUGGGAUACUGCAAGCUGGACAGAUCAUCAACUCACUGCAAAUGUUACUUGUCACCAAACAAGCUGUCCUUCUUGGUAUAUCCCAUUGCAGGUCCUGCUAUGAAUGUUGAAUGCCAGUGCCUGUACUUGCCGCAAUGUAACCAUGAAUUAAUGUUGCAAAAGAUCAAAUUCAGUUUACCUUGCACUUUUAGGCUCACAGUAGUAGUUUGACUUGGUUUGCCUUCAUGUUAUUAAGAUUAAAAACCUGUUGCAACAAAACAUUUCUUCAGAUCUGGACAUGGGGACUGUAUGAGACUGCAUCCAGCCAUUACAAAUACAUGUUUGAAUAUAAAAUGUUGGUAUUUGUUGGUAACAUGAUGCAAAUAAUAAAAGAAAUACACAUUUA